GUUCGAGGACUAGGGUGGAACCUGCGUGCGGGAGGCCAUUGGGGCUGAGCUUCGAGAAGAAAACUGGAGAUUUGUACUUCUGCGACGGUUACCUUGGAAUAAUGAAGGUGGGAGCCGACGGAGGACUGGCGGAGAAAGUGGUGGACAUGGUGGAAGGCCAGAAAAUCAUGUUCGCCAACCAAAUGGACAUAGACGAAGAAGACGACGCCAUCUACUUCAACGAUAGCAGCGACACGUACCACUUCGGGGACGUAUUCUUUGUGUUUUUGUGUGGGGAGAAGACGGGAAGAGUGAUCCGAUACGACAAGAAGACGAAAGAGAGCAAAGUUGUAAUGGACCGUCUUCAUUUCCCGAACGGUCUUGCCCUAAGCAAGGACGGUUCGUUUGUGCUUUCGUGUGAGUCCCCGACCCAGCUCGUCCAUCGAUAUUGGGUCAAGGGACCUAAGGCUGGGACCCGCGACAUAUUCGCGAAGCUCCCAGGCUACGCUGAUAACAUCAGGAGGACUGAGACCGGAGAUUUCUGGGUUGCCUUGCACUCCAAGAAAACUCCGUUCUCCAGGUUUUCGUUGAUGCAUCCAUGGAUUGGUAAGUUCUUCAUGAAGACUUUGAAAAUGGAGUUGUUGGUUUUCCUCUUUGAAGGAGGGAAGCCUCACGCCGUUGCCGUGAAACUCUGCGGCGAGACCGGAGAGGUUUUGGAGAUUCUAGAGGACCGUGAAGGGAAGAACAUGAAGUUCAUUAGUGAGGUUCAAGAGAGAGAUGGUAAACUCUGGUUUGGAUCUGUGUUUCUUCCUUCCAUUUGGGUUUUCGAUCGUCGUCAGUGAUUUAUUUAUCAAAUUGCAUUGUUUUUAAGCAUUUGAAAUAAACAAGGGAAAUUCUACAUUCACCUGAAAAAUAACGAUAGAUCAGAGCACGCAAUUGCGAUUAGUAACGACAAUGCACACACAAUGUCUGUCUUUAAAAAGUUUCCAUGUCAACUUUAAUUUGUUGUGAGUGUAAUAUGACUCAUUAAAUAAUCCUUUCCUUU